AAAAACCCCCACACAAAAAUAAAAAGAUUCUCUCCCUCUCCAUUUUCACUUUCUCGAUUUCUAGGGGUGGGGCUAGUUCUGGUUUUCGAUCGCUGCUUGCUUGCAACCGACGAGGGGAGGGAAGCAAAGCGGAGAAGCAAGGAGGAUCGCACCCCACCGGCCAAUCCAAGGGACGAAUAGCUAAAGUAGUGCAGUAUGGAAGCCAAAGAGGGGCCCGAUGUAAGUGCUCCAGAGAUGACUGAUCUUAAGGUGCCUGAUAAGACGCCCGCACAAGAUGAUGAAAAAGAAAACCUACUGAAUGGUAAUGCCAAUCUGCAAGUGAAGGAAGCACACAAUGAUGAAGAUGAUGGAACAGGAUCUGAUGGGUUUGAGCUGAUAGAUGUGAAGGAAAAUUUUGGUUCAACAAAAAUGGAGGAAGAAACGGCAGCUCCAAGUACAAAGGUUGAUACACCUCCUGUUCAAAAGGAAAGUGAUACACAGGAAGAAAAAACGGCAACCCAUGAAGAACAAUCAGUUGCAGAAAACACGAGACAUCUAGACUCCUCCAUGUUGAACCAACAAACAGAACAAUUGGGCGAGCUGACAAGGCGUAUUGAAGAGCUUGAAUCUGAAAAAGGCAAACUGGUCAAGGACUUGACAGAAGCAGAAAAUAAGCAGAGCCUGCACUACAGUUCUCUACAAGAAGCUCAAAGCUCUCUGGCUAUGAAAGAUAAGGAGUUGGCUGAAGCAACAAAGUCCCUGAAGGAGCAGGGUUCUGAUCUCGAAAGCUCGAAAAAGAGGAUUCAAGAAAUUGAAGCUGAAUUAGAUUCAUCAGCAGAUAAGCUCCGCAAACUUGAAGAGCUGAAGGAUGAAAGAAGCUUGCAUGCUGCACAGGAGGCAAAGAGGGCCUCAGAACUUGAUAAGAUGCUGGAACAGGCACAGUCGAAUAUGAAAGAAAUGGAAAAACACAUUAGCAGCCUUCAAGAGGAUAUAAAGGGACAUCAAGAUAAGGCCACAGACCAUCAGAAAAUAGAAGAAUCACUGAGAAGCACAAUCUCAGAACUCAAGGUGGUACAAGAGGCACUGGAGCUGUCAAAGUCACAAGUUGCUGAUUUGGAACAGAAACUUGCCUCUCAGGAUGCUGACAUCAGUAAACUAACUGAAGAGUUGAAUCUCCAUUGUUCGUCUGAAGAAUCUCUUAAAGAGAAGACUAUUAAACUAGAGAAUGAACUUACUACAGCACAUGAAGAGCUACAAGCAAAGCUUUUGAGUUUGCAGGAAUUGGAGACAAAACUUGAUGAGCAGGCAAAAGACAGACAAACAAGUGAAGCUGCACUAGAGAAGCAAAAUGAGCAGAUAGUCAUCUUGCAGACUCAGCUCGACAAAUUGAAGGAUGAAAACAAUACUAUCCAAGGGUCUCUUGUUGAUCUUAACUCAAAACUUUCAGAAAAAGACUCCAUGCUGCAUCAGGCUGAAGAUAAUCUUGCUAAAGCACAGUUGGCCCUCUCAGAAACACUGACACAAAAAGAAGAAUUGGAGCUGAAUCUGAACUCUCUCAGUGAGCAGCAUGGUGAGUCCAAAGCGUUUGGAGAACAUGCAAACCAGAAGAUUUUCGAGCUUGAAGCACAAAUCCAGGCAAUGCAUGCAGCUGAAGAGGCACUCAAGUCACAGCUAAAAGAAGCUGACGCAAGUGUGGAAGCUGCUGAGAAGAAAAGUUCAGACCUUGAGAAACAACUCAGUGAGAUUGAAAAUAAAUUAGUUUCAUCAAGUGAAGAAGUAGAGUUGAUGAAAGAACGUAUUCAACAAGAAGUGGCUGUAUCAGCAGAAAAAGGAAUGCAGCUUGAAGAAGCAGUGGCCAGUCUAGAGGGAUACAAAGAAAAAAUCAAUGAGUUACAAUCGUCCCUAGAUUCCUCAGUAUCUAAAAAUCAGCUACUUGAACAGCAAGUCAAGGAGCUGACCGAUAAAUGCUCAGAGCAUCAAGAACAAGCUCAUUCAGUUCGGCAAAGGAGCCUUGAGCUGGAAGAUUUGCUUCACACAUCAAAGACUGAUGCUGAAGGUGCAUACUCCCGGACACAGGAGCUGGAGCAGGAGCUGAACAGCACAUAUGAAAAGCUCAAGGGCGUUGAUAAAGAACUCGAGCAAUACAGAAGCAAAGCUUCACAACUUUCCGAUGAUCUAGAAGCUUAUCAGACAAAAGCAGCUAGUCUUGAAGCUGUGGUGGAAGAAGCAAGCAAGAAAGAGAAGGAGCUUAUGGAGUCAUUGAGCCAAAUAACUGAAGAAAAGAAGAAAAUUGAAGAACUAACGGCAGAGUAUGAAGCUAAACUUCAAGCAAAUUUGAAGGAAAAGCAAUCUUUUGGAGAGAGUUUGCAGAGCCAAGAAUUGAAGGUGCUGGAUCUACAACAAGAGCUGGUGAAGUUGAGAGAAGAAAAAGAACACCAUGAAAACACCAUUGCUGAUCUGAACCUGCAGCUCUCCACUAAGAAUGACAUGUACAGUCAACUGGAGUCCCAGUUAAACGAGGCUGGUGAUGAUCAUAGCAAAACAAGAUCACUUCUCUCAGAAGCACAAUUACACAAAGAAGAACUUGAGCUAAAUGUAAAAUCUCUUAAUGACCUGCACACUGCAUCGAAAACAGCUGCCGAAUCCGCAAUGCAGAGGGUUUCAGAGCUUGAAACUCAAAUUCAGGAAUUAGCUGCUUCGGAACAGAACCUGAAGCUGCAGCUUAGUGAGUUAGAGUCAAAGUUAGCAUCUGCUGAGAAGACGGGCAUGGAUCUUGAGCAAGACCUUAAAGCUGCUACAAUAGAGUGCAGUAAUUGCCAUGUGAAGAUUGAUGAGCUUUCUGGGGAGCUUGAAGCAUACAAGGAGAAAUCAACUAACCUCGAGACUUCAUUAGCACAAGCACAGCAAACAGAGGCUGAGUUGUCAGAGAAGUUGGCUCAAGUUAAUGAAGAAAAGGAGAAGUUUGAAGAACUGUCAAAGAAAGCAACCAUAAAGCAUUUGGAAGCAGAGAAGCAGGCCCAAACUUUACAGGGUGAAUUAGAAUCUGCCCACGGUAAAAUGGAAGAGGUGGAAAAUGAACUGCGGUCUCUGGGUACUAGAGAAAGCUCAGUGCUUGAGAAGCUUAAAUCUGCAGAAGAGCAGCUGGAGCACAAAGGGAGGGCACUGGAACACGCCACUUCCAAGAAAAUUGACUUGGAAACUCUGUAUCAGUCUUUACUUGAAGAUUCAGAGAUGAAGCUCCAACAAUCAGCAGACAACUUAGCUCAGAAGGACACAGAGUGCCAGCAACUGUCUGAAAAGCUGAAGUUGGCUGAGGAACAAGCAGCAUCUUAUCAAUCAAGAGCAACUGCAGCCACUGAAGAGGCGGAAUCUAUGAAGGUGGAGCUCGAAGCCUUUGAAUCAGAGAUUUCAACUCAUGAGGCCACCAUUGAAGAACUCAAGACCAAGGUCUCUGAUGCUGAGUCAAAGGCGGAGCAGGCGUUAGCUGAGCUUGCAAUGCUUAGUGGAACAAAUCAGGCCCUGAAAGAGGAACUUGAUUCUAAGCGGGCAAUGCUUCAUGAAGUUCAGGAACAGCUUAAUUCUACUCGGGCUGAAAAGGAAGAAGUUGCUGCUAAGCUAGCUGAGCAUGAAAAGACAGUAGAACAUUUGACUGAGGUGCACAGUAGAGGUAUAGAGCUCCAAUCUGCAGCUGAAUCACGGAAUGCAGAACUCGAAGCUCAAUUGCGUGAAGCUCUUGAGGCAGCAGAGCAAAAAGAGACUGAGGUGAAAAACUUGAAAGAAAAACUGGUUGCCCUCGAGUCUGAGAUCGAAAGUUUGACACAUGUAAAUGAAGCCUUAAAACAGGAGAUCAAUGCUAAGCUGGUGAUGGUUGAUGAGCUGCAGGAGAAGUGUAGUUCUAUAAAUUCUGAGAAAGAAGAAGUUGCAGAGAAGUUGGCUGUUCAUGAGAGGAAAAUAGAACAUUUGACAGAAGAGCAUUCCAGAGUCUUGGAGCUCCGAUCUGUAGCUGAAUCGAAGAAUGCAAAAAUUGAGAGUCAACUGCGUGAAGUUCUUCAAAAGGUAGCACAAAAGGAAGAUGAAGUUACAGACUUGACGCAGAAGCUGGCUUUACUCGAAGCUGAGAAUGAAAAGCUGGCUAUUACGAACAAGACACUGAAAGAGGAAGUGGAUGCUAGGAUGGCCAUGUUUGAUGAGCUACAGGAACGGUUUAACUCUACUCAUGCUGAGAAGGAAGAAGCUGCAGAGAAGCUAACUGUUCAUGAGAGGACAAUCUCACACCUGACAGAGGUGCACACACGUAGCUUGGAGCUCCAUUCUGCAGCUGAAUCAAAGAAUGAAGAAAUUGAAGCGCAGUUCCGUGAAGCUCUUGAGACGAUAGCACAGAAAGAAGGUGAAGUUAAAGAAUUGAGUGAGAAGCUGGAUGCCCUUGAAAUUGAGUUGGGAUAUUACGAAGAGCAGGCAACUGAAGCUGCUGCCACUGAAGAAAAUCACAAGGUUAAAUUUGAUGAAGCUUUGCAGAAGAUAAAGAUCCUGGAGGAACAGCUUGAGGAGACACAAAGCAAGGUUGAGCAUUUCCUUAUGGAGAAGGAAAGCUUGGCUCAAGCAAAUAGUAGUUUGAAUGUGGAGUUGGAAGUACAUCAGAACAAGUUGAACGAAUUACAACUUGCACUUGCUGCUGCAGUAGCAGAAAAGGAGGGGGCAUCUGAAGAGAUUCAUUCGCUGCGUAAAACGCUAGAUGGAAUGAUCGAACGCAAAGCAGAAUUAGAAAUCCAGGUAUCUUCUACCAUGGAAGAGCACGAUGAACUGAAGAGCAAAUACCAAAAUGCACUGGAAGAGAAGCAGAUAUUGAAUGAUAAGUAUGAAACUACAAAGAAAGAGCUUGAGGAAGCAAUAGCCAAGUUGGAGGAGAAAAUGAAUGUAGACAAGUCAGAAAAAGAGUUGCACAUCUCAAAACUGGAGCGACAGAUUACAUUAUCCGAGAUAAAGUACAUGGAGGAGAUAAAGACCAUGCAGGUGGAAACAACUGAAAAGGAUGAAGCACUAACAGCCAGGAUGCAGGAACAUGCAAACUUACAGCAUGAGAAAGAUGAGUUGGAACAACAGUUGCUGGAAAUAAGAAAGGAACUGGAUGGUGCCUACCGUACCAUAGCAAAUCAGGAAGAACAAGCUUCAGUGAGAGAGAUAAAGUGGGAUGCAUAUAGGAAGUAUUCAGAGGAUCAAUUGGAAGCUGAGCAGCAGCGUGCUGCGGAGCUUGAACUGCAAGUAUCAGCUCUUAAACAACAGCUCCAAGAAGCUGAGAUCCAUUACAAGCAAAAGGAAGAACAGGUUUCUUUAAGGGCGGUUCAAUGGGAAGCAGAUAAAAGUCAUUCACUGGAUGAGCUGGAAGCUCAGCGUCAGUAUGCCAACGACUUGGAGAAACAGAUCGAAGCUCUUACACAGAAGCUACAAUCAGUCGACGCACACUACAAGCAGAAGGUCACAGAAGAGAGGGAUAAGCUUGCUGAGGUCACCACAGAGUUCAACAAAUUGACACAAAAAGUAAGCAAGAGUGUUGAAUUGGAGAAGAAGGUACAGGACCUUGAACAGAAGCUGAAGGUAGCUUACUCUAAAUCUGAGGAACAGGCAAAGGAUUCUGUCCAGUUGAGAUCCCGGGAAUUCACCAUGGAUUCAUCAACAAUUUCAAGCAAACAACAUGACAGAUCUUUGGCUAAUGACACGACCUCACCAAACCCAAGCCAGAAAGAAGUGCAAGAACCUUCUGGGAUCAUGGCCUUCAAGUUCAUCCUGGGAGUUGCCCUGCUGUCCAUACUCAUCGGCGUGUUUCUCGGAAAACGGUACUAGUGCUCAGUUUGUGAAAGUCUGUUGAUGGCCAUGGGAAAUUCCACUGUCAACUUUGCUUUCAGCGAAACUCAGGUUAUAAAUUUGUAGCUGAAAGGGCUUAGUCAGCAGAAGUUUGAAAGAAUUGGUGGCCUUGAUGGGGAUGGAUCGACGACUUUUAGGGAGAAGUCGGAGAUCUUGGAAGUCUUUCUAUUUUCUCCUGUUGUUGAGUUUUGCUCUAAUUUUCAUUUUCUGGUAAACAGGGGUUGGAAUUUGAUUUUUGUUCAUUCCUACCCUCUGCAUGCAAAAGGCCAACUGCGUGCAACUGGUUUUGCCGUCACCAAGUUUUCAUGUACAUUUCUUCUAUGUAAAGAUCAGAAGUCCAGGGACUCAAACCAUGAAGCCUUUGCUACUAUGCUCAUAUACAUGGAGAGUUCAAGUUCUGCUA